GUAGCCAUUAGACAGCACAUUAUUUACACAUAACUAGAACUAGUGACAGAGUUAAAGUAGUUUAAACUAAACCUACGGAGUGACAUGUACUGAACACUGAACACGGGACCUGUUGUAGUUACUAAAGUAAACAAAUGGCGCAAUUUAUGUGGAGACUGAAUGUGUUUAAGUUCGGAUUAAAGGCUCUGAACAGAACAGCGAAUAUAAAACACUACAGUGGGAAAUCUUUUGGUCUGCUCUUCGACAUCGACGGGGUCCUGGUCCGAGGACGGAUCCCCAUUCCGGAAGCCAAGCAAUGUUUUCGGAAUCUGGUGGAUGGAAAUGGAAAAUAUAAAGUCCCGGUGGUGUUUGUAACCAAUGCAGGGAACUCUCUCCGGCAGGCCAAAGCAGAGCAGCUCUCUCAUCUUCUAGAAGUAGAGGUGUCACCAGAUCAGGUCAUGUUGUCCCACAGUCCUUUACGGGUCUUCAGACAGUUCCAUAAGAUGUGUGUGUUAGUGUCCGGACAGGGACCGAUCGUGGAAGUCGCACACAAUUUGGGCUUUCAGAACGUCGUCACCAUCGAUAUGCUACGAGAGGCGUACCCUCUGCUCGAUAUGGUGGAUCACAACCGCAGGCCCAAAGAAGUGGUUCCGCCAUCCAAGGAGCUCCAACCCAUUGAAGCUGUUGUUCUCUUCGGUGAGCCGAUAAGAUGGGAAACUAACCUUCAGCUGAUUGUGGAUGUUCUCCUGACCAAUGGGAAGCCAGGAAAUCCUGUGACAUCAGGGCAUUACCCACAUAUCCCUGUGCUGGCCUGCAACAUGGACCUGUUAUGGAUGGCAGAGGCAAAGAGUCCUCGAUUCGGUCAUGGAAUGUUCCUGGUGUGUUUGGAAAGCAUCUAUAAGAAGGUCACAGGUUAUGACCUGCAUUAUGAGGCACUGAUCGGGAAGCCCAGUUUGGUGACCUAUAACUACGCAGAGCUGCUGAUCAGACAGCAGGCAGAGAAACUGGGCUGGACAAAACCUGUACAAAGACUGUACGCCAUCGGGGAUAACCCCAUGGCUGACAUCUACGGUGCAAACCUCUAUAACCACUACUUGCAGUCAGUGCACCAUGGCAGGACUCAGGUACAUGCACAAGGAGGAUCAGCCAGUCACGUAGCAGGCGAAUUCCACUACGAAACGGUCGACGACGCAAAAAAUUCAGGCAAGAUGAUGGUCGGGGGCUCGUACGAACACCGUCUACCCGAGAGCUGCAGCUCCAUCUUGGUGUGCACAGGCGUCUACAACCGAGAGCAGCAGGAGCUCUCGUCCGAGCAAACCGUCACGGAACAGCGCAUUUUCCACGGCCAUCGGGAUUUCCGCUUCGAUCCGACCCUGACCCAGCCUGCUUUCGUAGUACAGGACGUGUUCGAGGCCGUCAAGCUCGUCUUCCAGCAAGAGGGUUCUAGUCUGACUUAAACCAGAGGCUUCUCCGGCUACCACAGAUACGAUUUGAGAACAAAACCUCACACCUCACACACUGAAAAACGUACACAUGAAGAAACGCAGCGCAGCUCUAGGUCAGUAACGUACUGUAUGCAGUAAUACAAGGAAACGAAUGACUAAAUGUAGCUAGAAUAUAGAAUAUCGUGUUCAUUUUUUUAAAAUAAUAAUAAUAAUAAUAAUUACUGUUAAUGUUUUAAUAAAGCUGUAUUUUAGUUAAAGCAUUUCUACUUAUUGUGAGUUUUAAAUUAGAAGUCGUGUUCACUUUACUACGAACAUAAAGACGAGAUGGUUCUCUUUUUCAUCGUUUUUGUGUCGCAAUAUUUUCCCUAUACAUCAUGAUGUCGUCGGACGCAAAACGUUUUUAAAGGGUUUUAAAAAGGAUCCAUUUUAUUUGGAAAAAUAAAUAAAUAUCGUAACACUUAUUAUUUUGCCAUCUGCCGUUUAUAAAACGGGAGUCUUUUAUUUUAUGAAAAAUAAAUUUGAUAAGACCUUCAAA